UCCCUGCGGAUAACAGUUUUCAGCGCGGUGUGCGUGCGUGUGCGUGCGUCCCCAACACGACGGUGUGUGUGUGUGCGAGUGCUUUUCUUAAUAUUUUUUUGUUAAUAACAAUUCUCCUGGCCGAGCGGGCCGCGCCGCGCAAUCAGCCAAGGAAGGUGAAAGCCGCAGUUUGUCGCGGAAUCGCGCCUGCGAGUGCUGCAGCUUAACAGUUCCAAAAUCACACAGAAAAGUGACUGCAGCAGCAGCAGCAGCGCCGUCGGCGUCGCAGUCGGCCGAGCAGCGGCAACAACAACGGGCUAGGUGGUGAAGAGAGCGAGAGAGAGAGAGGGCCAUACUCGAGCAGCAUGUGAGCUAAUCAGCAAAGCAGCAAAGCAGCCAGCAGCGAUUUCUACAAACAUUUUCUGCUUCUGCUUCUUAAGGCCACCAGAAAAGGCGAAGAAAAGCGGCGAAGAGUGCUACGAUUGUUAAUAAUUUGGUUAAUGACUUGCCCAAGUGACGUCGCGUGCUUCUGUUUUGCCCAAUAAGCCCAAUAAGAGACGGCAACAAAGGAGCAGCCGCCAGAGCAGGAAAGAAACAGUUAGCUCUGCGGCGAAGAAACGGGAAAAGAUUGUGAUUGCGGCUCUCGAUAUUGGAACGCAGCAUUGGAAUUGAAUCACUCGCUCACACUUUCCGCUUUCGAGCCAGAAAAUCGGUGUAAAACAGUGAAAAGCCGCCCCCGGGGCAGCAAUCUUAUCGCCGCGCAGCACACACUAUUCCAGCGCCCGACGGGGGCUUCUUUCGGUGGUCCCACCAUGGAGCACUGACUCCAGAGCCCAGAGCCGACGGAAAACAGGGUCAGAGGGGAGAGCGAGAUGACGGACUUCGUGGAGCUGCUGAACAGCAUGUCCAGCACCUUCAACAGCGACUGCGCCACCUCCACGGCGGAGGGCGGCACGCUGCUCAACCUGGACCUGGCCGAGGACAAGACGCUCAAGUGGCGCAACCUGGCCAACAACCAGUUCGCCUGCAAGGACAAGAAGCCCAGGGAGGGCAAGGAGCGGGAGCAGCAGGAGCGGGAGCGGGAGCAGGAGCAGUCCCAGAACCUGGUGGAAAUCGAGGACAUCAAGGGGCUGCUGGCCGACGUCGUGGACGCGGCGGCCGUCAAGCUGGAGGAAGAGGAAGCAGCUGCGGCCGAGGCGGCGCAGAACGCCGAGAGAAUGGAGGAAAGCGCCGAAAGCGAACAACAACAAAAGCAGGAGGCAGAGGAAGGGGAAGAGGAAGAGGGGGCAGCGGCAGCGGCAGAGGGGCGAAAGUCCUUGGCCAAGGAAGAAGAAGCAGAGCCAAAGAGGGUGGGGCAGGGGGACGGGGAAGAGGCAGCGGCAGAGGCAGCGGAGCUGGCAGCAGCCGAAAAGCAGGAAGCAAGUGCAGAAUUAGCAACAACAACGGCGUCGGCAGAGGCAGCAGCAGCAGCAGCAUCUCCACUUGUUGUUGAGGCAGCGCCAGCGGCAGCAGCAGCAGCUGAUAAAAAUGAACAAGUCUCGCCCGGCGGAACGCGACGCUCUCGCAGAACCCCGCGACCCACGGACACGCCCACGCCCAGUGCCACGCCCACGCCAACCCCCGAUGAGCCCGCGCAGGGGGAGAUUACAGAGCCCGAGCCGCAGGUGUCGGAGCUGCCGGAGGAGGUCAGUCGUGGUCCGGAGGUGCCAGCACUGGAGCAGAUUGACGCAGCGAUUGGCCUGGCCCUGAAACAGGAACCGGAGAAGCCGACUCCCAUGACCACUUCGUCGCCCGACGAGAGCUCAGCAGCACCUGCUCCCAAGCGGGGGAGGGGCCGAGCCAAGAAAAUACGCCCGGAUGCCGAGGUGCUGGCGGACUCCAAUGAAGUGCUGCUCGUGGGCGAGGAUUCGGUGCUGGAGAAGAAGCCGGGGCGCAAGCGGAAGCUGCCGGAGGAACAGCCGGAGCCUGCACAGCUCGGCGACCUGGUGGUGGUGAAGACCGAGCAGGAGGAGUUGCUGGGCGAUGCUCCCUCGGGCGACGGCAAGCGGAUGCGCCGCAGUGUGCGGCUGGGCAACCGGUUGCCCGCCGAUGGCAGCACCUGGGAGGAGGUGAAGACCGAGCCGCUGGCCCACCCGCCGCCUGCAGAGCUCUCCCUGAUGGAGGUCACCCCGGUGCCCCUGCCGCCAGCCGUGCUGGAUGAGAAGACGCCGCCCAAGAAGCGAGGACGCAAGGCCAAGAUUCAGCCCGGGGCGAAACUGGAGCCGGGAAUCUCCGCCGCACUGCCUCCCCUGACCAAUGGCAACAAGAAGACGACUCCCACUGGCGGAGUGGAACUGCAACUGCCCAAGCGCUCGAAGCGGAGAAUCAAGCCCACGCCCAAGAUCCUGGAAAACGAUGAGCUGCGCUGCGAGUUCGAAACGAAGCACAUCGAGCGAAUGACCCACUGGGAGAGUGCGGCAGCCGCGGCGGCAGAUGGCGAGUUCGAGACUCCCCCGGCGGGCGGAGGUGGCUCCAAUUCGUCCACCUCGAGGCAGAAGAGCGACAAGUCCGAUGGCAGCAACUUCGAAGGAGGCCCCGGACAUCCGGCCGGCACAAGCGCCAUAAAGAAGCGGCUCUUCUCCAAGUCCCAGCGCGACAUUGAGAACCAUGGAGCAGCCUUGCUGGCCAAGAGCAAGGUGCGCCCGUGCCCGGACGUGGAGCAGUUCCUCAGCGACAUCAAGGCGUCGCGCAUCAAUGCGAAUCGGUCGCCGGAGGAGCGCAAGCUGAACAAGAAGCAGCAACGCAAGCUGGCCAAGCAGAAGGAGAAGCACCUCAAGCACCUGGGCCUGCAGAGGAAUCACAGCGAGGAGGCCUCGGACAACGACAGCUCCAACACGGACAAUGAGUUCGUGCCCACGACGAGGGUGCAGGUGGGCAAGCCAAGUGUCACGCUGAGGGUGCGAAACACGGUCGCCAAGGAGCUGCCCACAACCUCCGCAGCUGCCCAGAAGUCAUCGUCCCGCAAUCCAGUGGUGCAGCCCGCCAAGCUCACGAGGAGAGUGGCCGUAAGGGGAGCCGGCGGCGGAGCUGUGGCAGCCGGUGCAGGUGUGUCCGUUGCCACCCUCGAUGCGGAGCAGCUUCACUCGCUGAACUCCUCCAUUCUGGCCGAUGUGACGCCCAUCAGGGACCUGGACGCCAGGCCCAGCACCUCCAAGACGGCCAAGUUCAUCUGCCUGUGCCAGAAGAGCUCGCAGUACUACGCCAGGAAUGCGCCCGACUCGUCCUACUGCUGUGCCAUCGACCACAUUGACGAGCAGAAGAUCGGCUGCUGCAACGAGCUCUCCUCGGAGGUGCACAACCUGCUGCGGCCCAGCCAAAGGGUCAGCUACAUGAUCCUGUGCGACGAGCACAAGAAGCGCCUGCACUCGCACAACUGCUGCGCGGGAUGCGGCAUCUUUUGUACUCAGGGCAAAUUUGUGCUGUGCAAGCAGCAGCACUUCUUUCACCCGGACUGCGCGCAGCGCUUCAUCCUGAACACUCCCUACGAGGAGGGUCGUGGCGAUCGCGAGGACCAAGCGCCCAAGUUCAGCAGUCCCAUGCUGGUGCUCAAGUGCCCGCACUGCGGCCUGGACACGCCCGAGCGCACCUCCACGGUGACCAUGAAGUGCCAGUCGCUGCCCGUCUUUCUGCCCACCCAGAAGUACAAGAUCAAACCCGCCAAGUUGACUACCUCCUCGCAUCUGGCUCAGUUCGGAGCCGCCGGGAAGGCCAGCAGUCCAGGAGGCAAGGGCAAGAGCAAGGGGGGCUCUGCCGCCGCCGUGGUGGCCUCAUCCUCCUCCGCCUCGAAGACCAAUGGCACCCAGAGAGGCAAGGCGGGCAGUUCGAGCUCGAGCUCCAGCCAGGCUCUCAACACGAUCAACUUUGCGCAGCUGAUUCCCGACUCCGUGAUGAAUGUGGUGCUGCGUGGCCAUGUGGUUUCGGCCAGCGGACGCGUGACCACCGAGUUCACCUCGCGGGACAUGUACUACGCGGUGCAGAAUGAUGAUUUGGAGCGGGUGGCGGAGAUUCUGGCUGCCGACUUCAAUGUGCUGACCCCCAUUCGGGAGUACUUGAACGGCACCUGCCUGCACCUGGUGGCCCACUCGGGCACUCUCCAGAUGGCCUACCUGCUGCUCUGCAAGGGCGCCAGCUCGCAGGACUUCGUCAACAUUGUGGACAGCGAACUGCGCACGGCGCUGAUGUGUGCGGUGAUGAACGAGAAGUGCGACAUGCUCAAUCUCUUCCUCCAGUGUGGCGCCGAUGUGGCCAUCAAGGGACCCGAUGGCAAGACGUGUCUGCACAUCGCAGCCAAGUUGGGCAACGUGGAGGCCACUCAGCUGAUUGUGGAGAGCUAUCGGGCCUCGCGAAACAUCACCAGCUUUCUGAGCUUCAUCGAUGCCCAGGAUGAGGGCGGCUGGACGGCCAUGGUGUGGGCAGCGGAGCUGGGACACACGGAAAUCGUCAGCUUCCUGCUCAACCAGGAGGCCGAUCCGAACAUCUGCGACAAUGACAACAACACGGUGCUGCACUGGUCCACGCUGCACAACGAUGGUCUGGACACGAUCACAGUGCUGCUGCAGGCGGGAGCGGACUGCAACGUGCAGAACGUGGAAGGGGACACGCCACUCCACAUUGCCUGUCGGCACUCGGUCACCCGCAUGUGCAUCGCGCUGAUUGCCAAUGGCGCGGAUCUGAUGAUCAAGAACAAGGCGGAGCAGCUGCCCUUCGACUGCAUCCCCAACGAGGAGUCCGAGUGCGGCCGCACAGUGGGUUUCAACAUGCAGAUGCGCAGCUUCCGACCGCUGGGCCUGCGUACGUUUGUGGUUUGCGCCGACGCCUCCAACGGCCGGGAGGCACGGCCCAUCCAGGCGGUGCGCAACGAGCUGGCCAUGUCCGAGAGCGAGGACGAGGCCGAUUCGCUGAUGUGGCCGGACUUCCGCUACGUGACCCAGUGCAUCAUCCAGCAGAACUCGGUGCAGAUCGACCGGCGCGUCUCGCAGAUGCGCAUCUGUUCCUGCCUGGACAGCUGCAGCAGCGAUCGCUGCCAGUGCAACGGCGCCUCCUCGCAGAACUGGUACACGGCGGAGAGCCGCCUCACCGCCGACUUCAACUACGAGGAUCCGGCGGUGAUCUUCGAGUGCAACGACGUCUGCGGCUGCAAUCAGCUCUCCUGCAAGAACCGCGUGGUCCAGAAUGGCACGAGGACUCCGCUGCAGAUCGUCGAGUGCGAGGAGCAGGCCAAGGGCUGGGGUGUGCGGGCGCUGGCCAACGUGCCCAAGGGCACCUUCGUGGCCAGCUACACGGGCGAGAUACUCACCGCCAUGGAGGCCGAUCGGCGCACCGACGACAGCUACUACUUCGACCUGGACAACGGGCACUGCAUCGACGCCAACUACUACGGCAACGUGACCCGGUUCUUCAACCACUCGUGCGAGCCCAAUGUGCUGCCUGUGCGCGUCUUCUACGAGCACCAGGACUACAGGUUCCCCAAGAUAGCCUUCUUCGCGUGCCGCGACAUCGAUGCCGGGGAGGAGAUAUGCUACGACUACGGGGAGAAGUUCUGGCGCGUGGAGCACCGCUCCAGCGCGGGCUGUCGCUGCCUCACGGCCUCCUGCAAGUACGCCUCCCAAUCCUCAAGCACAAAUGCCUCGCCCACGGAUGCAGCGACUGCCGCGGAACCGGAAACGGAAGUGGAGCCGGAAGCGCCGCCAUCUGCCAACGCCCCGCAGGAGAUGGAGCAGGCGUAGACCAGCACCAUCAGCACCAGGACCAAGACCUCGAACUCGAAAUGAUUCCAGACUCGUCAGUCGCAGCAGUCCCAGCCGACACAGCAGAAUCCCCACCAAGCCACGUACAUCAGACAUCUGACAUCACAGAUCACGGAUCACAGCAGCAGCAGCAGGAAUGACCGCCAUAAACGUAGUAUAUAUCUUAAGAUGCGCAUGAUAAAUCGAAAUAGGAGCCCCGGGAGGGGCGCUCUUCUUCGACUGCCAAAUGUUCAUGGUUUACAAAUUUUUGUCUAUUUUUACGUAUACAAUUAGUGUUUUGUUUGAGUUUUAUUCAUUUGUUUACCUUAUUAUUAAUAUUUUUAUUACUGCUA